CCAGCUCAGAGAGGUAGAGGCAGGAGAGGAGAGAGACGCUGGCUGGGAAACAAUAGUUGGAAUCCAGUCAUGCACACAGGACCCCAGCCUCUCUGGAUACUUCCGCUCUGUCUGUCUGUGUCUGUAAGACCGUGGUGGAUCCAGACAGCGGGGGAUGGAGCGGUCUUAUGAAGCUUACGACUUGUACCUGCGCAAUUUGCCGACCUUGAACGUUUUAAAGAAAGUCAGACCCUGAACUUUUGGUGGCUGGUGGGGAAAAAACAAGCGAACAAGAUUGACAACGGGAACAUAUUGGACCGGUUGUGGAGAUGAGGUCGUCCGUGUGCGUGCCUCCCCCCUCUGGCCUCUUGCUGGUCCUGGUGUGCUGUCCCAUUUUGGGUUUGGUGCAGUCGGCCGGCGGCAACAAAGCCAAAGACCCUCACCACCUGGGAGACUCCGACCCUCAGAGGUGUAUGAGGCACCACUUUGUAGAGACCAUCACCCAUCCCAUCUACAAGUGCAACUCCAAGAUGGUGUUGCUGGCUCGCUGCGAAGGUCACUGCAGCCACACGACCCGCUCGGACCCCCUCAUCUCCUUCAGCUCGGUGCUCAAACAGCCCUUCAAAAGCACCUGCUCCUGCUGCCGCCCGCACACGUCCAAGCUGAAGGCCGUGAGACUGCGCUGUAGCGGCGGCACUCGUAUAACGGCGACCUACCGCUACAUCCUGGCUUGUAACUGCGAGGAAUGCAGCUGAGCAAGGACCCGCGACCCUCGAAAAAAAAAAAACAAAAAAAAAAAAGGAUGCUCGCUGAUGUCUUAGAAGUCAUAGUGUUUUCGGCAAACCUUGAAUCCAUCCAUUAAAUUGAUCCGCAGCCCUUGGGAUCUCCACUGAGAACGUGCACCCCGCCCUCGCUCCUAAACUACCAUUUAGAAACCCCAUUGUCUGGUUUCAAUCAAUACAAACCAAAUGCCGUGCUUCCCUGCAGCAAACCAAGGCCAGACGCUACAAAGAAAAAAAAAAUAAAUAUAAAGCAACGGUUCCCAGGGGAGCGUUGGAUCCACUCCGUACUGCAGAGCCCAUUAUAAUUCAUAACACACUCUCAACAUUUCAUCGCUAAAUGUUGGCAUCAAAGUAUCUGACAACAAAAACAAGGCUCCUUAAAAUGGCGGAGACGAUCGCCGGGAGGACGAGCGUCGGAUCUCCCGAAGGCCGCACCUGCGUCGUGUUCUGUUUACGCGGUUUAUUUUACAGACUCCUCGCUGACUUUGAACGCAUCGUGUAAAAAAACAUGACAGGUGAGAACGUUACAGGGGGAAGGAGGCGGUAAAGGAAGCUUCGCCGGACUGUUACGUAUUAUCGUGUUUUCUGUCAAUAUUAAUAAAAAUGUAAGUAUAACUGUGCCGAAUUCAUAAUCUGCUUCCGUGUAGGCCUAUUGCUACAAGUGGCGGUUGUUACAAGGGAAACUCGAAACAGCGGUGUGGUGGAUCGCAUACAUGUGACGCUAGCUCCAUGUUUAUUUUUGUAAGAAAAAGACUCUGAUGAUAUAAGUGUAUUUAUGGCCCACUGAGCAUGCUCACUGCAGAGUUGUAUUCUAUCGG